AUGUGGCAGCCAACAUCUCCCACCAAGGGCGACGAACAGUCGCAACCGGCGCCCGCCCAAGGCCACGCCCGCACGCACUCGAUGAAGCAAAAGAACCCGGGCCGCUGGUUCGCGCAGACAAUCAAGCUCAAGAAGGAGUGCGUCGAGGAAUACAAGGCGUGCCACGCCAAGGUCUGGCCCGAGGUGCUCAAGCAGAUUAAGGACUGCGGCAUUGAAGACUACAGCAUCUUCUACGACCCGGAUAUGGACCUGCUGGUCGGCACGUUCAAGUACAUUGGCUACGACUACGCCGGCGACAUGCAAAAGAUGGCGGAGAACCCAAAGGUGCGCGAGUGGUGGAAGAUGACGGACGCGAUGCAGGAGAGCUUGGUGGAGGGUGCUACGAGCUCGGAGGCGGGCGAGCCCUCGUGGUGGAAGCCGUUGGAGCAGGUGUUUUUCCUGCCCUGA